AUGUCGUCUGUCGGUCCGUCUGCUGAUGUGUUGACUGAGCUCUUGAGACCCUCUAAGCUACCCGACAGCAUUAAAGAGCGGCCAAAGCAAGAAUCCUUCAUCUUUGGCCGCGAGUAUGACAAGCACAAGGGAAAGCCUAGGAAGGCGUCUCUCCACAUCAAGCCUACUCCAAAGCAGAGGCAUGCGCUUGCACAACUUUCAAAUGAAGAUAAAAGCCGUCGUAAACAGCUCAGAGAUAACAAGCAUGCUCAAAUCCUGGCGUCGCCUGUCAGGUUGUGUGCAUAUACGCGCACAAGAAUGCCUCGGGCGCUCAUGAUACCCCUCUCACUGUGUCCACACCCGUCGAAUAAGGAUGAGGACUGGAUCAUGCCGGACUUUGAACGGAAAGUGCCAGGGAAGCAUGUCUAUGUGACCAAUUCGAGCAAGAUCUUGGAAGCACUAGGAUCAGGCAAGAACGCAUGGAAGCGGCUACAGAUUGAGGAUGAUGAGCCUCUCUCUACACGCAAGGUUGUUUGGAGGCCAGAUAUGAUUGAGCAUGUGAAACGAGAAAUGGUGCGCUGCAAAUGGCUCGUACAGGAGCUGUACGAUUGA